AGUGACUUACAAAAUGGCGGUGCCCUCGUGGGUUUUUCGAAACAGUUUGUCACUGACAAAAUUUUUGCGAGAUACUAGAGCUCAACAUGUUACAAAAACCUUAUGGGCAUUGCCAUAUAGUACAUUAGUUUCAGAAACUACCCGACAACGAGUAGUAUAUUCAUUAGUUAAUAUUAAAUCAAAGGAUAAAUCAGGAGUUGACUUUCGCUCCAUUCGACUUUUAAAAACGGAUGGCCGGAUAACAGAAGAAAUCUUAAAUAAACGUAUUGCUGAACAACCACAAGAUGAUAAAAAGUCAAAAGAAGACGAUAAGAAAUCAAACUCAUGGUUUAGCAGCCAACAUUCAUGGAAAUUAGGCUUAAUAGGUUUUGGUGUAAUGGGUUUAAUUAUGACCGGUAACCUUAUAGUAAUGUGGGGGCUGCCAAGUCAUGAUGACGAAGGAAACGAAAUUAUCGAUGAAUAUUCCAGUUUACCGAAGUGGAAAGGAUAUAUAAAAAGAGCAUUUAAUGAAGCUCAGCUCUUUAUGCAGUCUAUGAGAGAUCCAUCCAGCCGAAAGCUUUUGCCCGAUCCCGUUAAAGAACCGUUUUACCAACCACCAUAUACUCUUGUUUUAGAACUAACAGGAGUUUUAGUUCAUCCAGAUUGGACGUUGGGUACAGGAUGGAGGUUUAAGAAAAGACCAGCCGUUGAUUAUUUUCUGGAGAAUGUAUCACAUCCUUUGUUCGAGGUUGUAAUAUUCACGAAAGAAACAGUUUUUACCGCUAUGCCGAUAAUAGAUGGUAUAGAUUCUAAAGGUGUUGUUGCUCAUCGACUUUUUAGAGAUGCCACACGAUAUAAAGAUGGUCAUCAUAUAAAAGAUUUGGAUCAUUUAAAUAGGGAUUUAUCAAAAGUAAUUAUAGUCGAUUGCGAUCCUAAUGCCUUUAAAUUCCAUCCACGUAAUGCCAUUGGAAUGCCCAAAUGGACAGGAGCUGAUAGUGAUCGUACACUUAUAGAUCUUGCUCUUUUUCUCAAAACAAUUGCAAUAAGCAACGUAGAAGAUGUUAGAACUGUUAUAGAUCAUUAUAAUCAAUUCGAUGAUCCUGUUGAGGCGUUUAGGGAGAAUCAGCAGAGAUUAAGGAUGGAAGAGGAUCGUAGGAAGCAAAUGGACACGAUGGGCAAGGGUUCGCUUCUGACUGGAUUAAGAAAACGUUAA